AAAGAAUCAAAAGACCCCUAAAUAUCAAACAAAAAGUCAUUAUAAUUUCUAUUUAUUAAAAAAAGAGGAAACAAAAAUCAAGAAAACAAAUAUUAAGAAAACAACUAAAUACCUAUAAAUUUUCAAGGUAAAAACAAUAGAAAAAAAAUAAUAGAAAAUACUAUCUACUCAAACAAAUACUUCAAUAAAUUCUGUAGGCUUCUCAGGAGAUCCUAGUAAUUUGAAUCAAGUAAGUAAAUCCCCUCAGAUUUAUACUAAUUAAGACUUCUUCAGAGCAUGAAAUCAAAUAAUUCAACAUCUUCAUUAGAAGAUAAUCUUGAAGAGAAUCUGGCUUCAUCUUAAUCAUUAGCUCAUUCUUAGGACAUGAAAGAAAGAUAAAAUAUGGAAGCUUCUUCAUAAAAUAACCUUUCUAGCAUAUCUGAGGAUAAUAAUCAUGUUUGUACAGAUUUAAAAAAUUAAUUGUUGAAUUCUCCUAAGCCUAAUAAAUCUAAAUCGAAAUCUAAAGCGCAAUCUUUGGAGACAUAAACUGAAUAAGGUCUUCCCAUGAUAAGAUCUUCACGUAAAAUAAAGAAGGAUUACAAAAAUCUUUCUUUAGUUUCUAAAUAUGAAAUGCAAGAAUAGAAUGAAACUUAAAAUUCAGCAAGUAAAAAAAAAAAGGUAAUAGGCUCAUCUAAUAAAUCUAAGAAGAAGAGAUAAGACUAAGAGAGCAGCUUAGGGUCAAUUUAAUAGACAGGGAUGUAGCAAUAAUAAUAAUAAUAAUAAUAAUAAUAAUAACACUCUAGAAGUUAGCAUACUGCUUCUUCCUAAAAUUAAGCUAACCCUUAUAUUAGACAAUUCAAAAAUGCAGUCUUAGAGUCUAUGUAAAAAUGCAAGAGCUAAUUACCUCCAAAAAUGCUUUCCUUCUUAUAAAAGCAAUCUUAAAUCAACUUGAAUACCGUUUCUAAGAUAAAUAUUCGCUUGCCAAAAGAUGAAGAGUACUCUGAAUCAAUAACUAACAUCUAGUAGGUACUUUCAGAACAAGAAACCAUUAUUAAAGAUUUAGUUGGAGCCUAGAAUAAUUAGUCUUUAUUCGACUUCUUAAAUAAAUAAAGGCACUCUAAAAAAGAAUUAUAGUACCGUCUUUAAUAUCUAGAGAGGUAAAAGCAAGAAUAAAUUAACAAGAGUAAUAUUGAAUAGUUGAAGUAGAAUCUUUAAUAUAAAAUAAAUCCUUAAUUCAUAAAAAGUGAAUUAAAGAAGGAAUUAAAAACUUUAAAGUAGUCAAGUAAUCAUCAAUCCCACUCUGGUAAGGACUCUCCCUAGUCAUUUACUAAGCACUCCUUUACUUCACAUGUAAAUAAUAGUAAAGAAAGUAAUUAAAGGGCUAGUUCUGAGAUGGAAGCAGAAAAUAUUGAAGAAAAUCUCUUAAUUAAACAAAGUGCUGAAACAUAAAUAUAAUAAGAUAAUUCUGAGUAAGUUUCUGAAAUUUGUGAAGAUAAUCUUAUUAACAAAGACAACAAUUUAGAUUAGCAAAUUUGUGAUUUACCCAAAUAAGAAUUUAAAAGAAAAUCAUCUUCUCAGGCUUAAAAAAAGAAGCAAAAUAAUGAAUAAUAAGAUGCUAACCAAGAAGUCAGCAACAAAGCUGUUGAAAAUAAGGAAAGCACUUCUGCUAAUUUCUUAGAAGAACAAAACUAAAAUACUAAAAAAUAAACAAGCAGUACCUUUAAUACGGCAACAAGUACUCCCACAGCUUCAUAAAUAAAUAUUAAUCGUCCAAAUUAAAAUUAAACGCCUUAGUAAAUAAAUUAAAAAAUUAAUCCCCAUCAUCAAUUUUAGUAUGGAAAUAUACCAUAUCAGAGAUAUCCUAUGAAAUAACAAAUUUUCUACCCAAAUCAACCUCACCCUGAGGGAUAUUAUAUGUAUUAUCCAACAGCUGCACCUGGAUACCCUUAUUAGAACCAGCAUCCACAUCCUCAUUACAACUAACGCUUUUGGGAUCGUAAUGCACUCCACACUGGUAAGCCUUAUUAAAAAGCAUCAUAUUAGAACUACGAAAACUAGAUAGGUUUAGCUUAAAAUUCUAAUAUUAACAAUAAUACAACGAAUAACGAUUGUAACUCAACUGAAUAAACAACCUCCUCCCUCUACUUAAGCGGAGAUAACCAAGAAAAUAUUUAUCAUAAUAGUCUAUAGACAAGUGCAAAUCACCCCCAUUACUAAAAUAUUGGUCUGAACAUGAGCUUAACUCAUCAAUAUAGCUAAGAUCCUCAAUCAUUGUACAAAAGAGAUUAGUAAGUAUUACACAAUAGCUUGCGUCUGAAUAGAAAUAACUCUGUCCCUGCAAAUUUUUAUUAGCCUAACUUUACCCAACUUAACAAUAACAAUAAUAUUAAUAAUAACAUUCCUUCAUAACCAUUUCCCAUCCCUGAUUACUAAAAUAAUCUAGGUGCCAAUUUUUCUACUGACGUAAAUGAUUAGGCUAAUAAUGGAAUCGACAAUUACGGUAACUAGCAUCCAGGAUAUUAUUGUACUUAUAACAAUGAAAAAGAAUAACUAAAUUGCAACCUUUCUUAAAGAGAUGAGUUCUUUAAUGACUUAGAUGAUGCAAUAGAAGACUCACUCUCAAAUUUCAAUAUAAAAGCAUGCUUUGGAUCAAAAAAGAAAAAGGACUUAUUUGAUAAUGAUCUUGAGAUAGAAAUGUAAGAUAGAUAUAACUAAAACCUAACUGAUUUUAAUUGA